UCAGUUUUUUUUUUAUUUUUUUUCCUGAAAAAAAUAUUUUUCAUUUUUAGUUUUUUUUGAAAAUUGAAUAUUUUGUAAUGUGAAAAGCGAUGAUGACGAUCGAUAAUAAUACUAAUAAUAAUGGUCCUGUUAAACAAUGGGAAGAAUUACGACGUUUAGCAAGACAAUAUGAAACUGAUAUUGAUACAAAAUUGGUUUCAUUAUCAAAAUUAAUGUCAUUACGUAAUGACCGUAAAUAUUAUCCAUCAUCAUCAUCAACAAAAGUAGCUGGUGUGAGAUUUCAUCAAAAUAAACAACAACUACAACAACAACAACAGGAUGAUGAUGAAGAACCAUUGAUUAGUUCAAAAGAAACAUUUGAUCAUUUAACAUUUGAAAUUGAUUCAUUAAUUAAUACGCUACAAAAUGUAAACAGUCAAAUGGAUCAAUGUAUACAACAAUUGCCCAAUAAUAAUUCCAUUCUAUAUACAUUGCAAAGACAUCAAGAUAUAUUGAAUGAUUAUCGUAAAGAAUUUUAUAAAUUACGUACAAACAUUGGUGAACAAUUGAAUCGUGAUCUUUUGUUUCUGAAACAAAAUCAAACAAAAAAUGAUUACAAUAAUGAUGAUUAUCAUGGCCAAUUGAAUCGUAAAACAGAUUUUCUUCAUAAAGAACAUGAUCAUAUCCGUAAUUCAGAGAUUAUGAUCGAUGAUCAGAUUAAUAUAGCCAUUCGUACUAGAGAUACGUUACGUAAUCAACGUUCAACGAUGAAAGCCAUUCAAACACAGUUGACAACUUUGGCAAACAAAUUUCCAAUGAUCAAUAAUGUGAUACAUCGAAUUGGUAUUAAAAAACGUAAAGAUUCAAUCAUUUUGGCCAUAGUAAUUGCCAUUUGUAUUUUUCUGUUAUUACUUUGGAUAUUCUGAAGAAAAAAAAACUUGAAUCAAUCAAUCAAUCAAUCAAUUGAUGAUUCACAAUCGUCGUUAAAUAAUUAUUCACAGUUUUAAAAUUUUUAACAAAAAAAAACUUGCCGUUAUUUUUUUUUCUUGUUUGCUGCAUCUU